AUGGUGCUCAUCUACGACCUGCAAGACAAAGCUCGCCAGUCGCGUCACAUCCGUGUCAGUCCGUUGGAAGGUGUUUCGAUAUCUGCAAUGAUGGGAUUGCGAAAGGAACCACACUAUAUCUCAAUUCUUCAAGCAGCAGAAGAAGAGAUACGCAAUGCUAUGGAAUCUCUAAUCAAGGCGAAUGAGUUCCGCAAACGUUCUCCAUCGACCAGCAGCGGUGAGGUUGUUGCUGAGUGGGCUGAGGGAUUGGGGGAAGAAGACACGGACGAAGUUGUCCUGCAAGACCUCGAGGGUGAAAACAGCUACUUCGAAAUGGAUAUGCCGAUCAUGAGAGUAGGCUGUAGCUGUUUGACUGGCUGUUACAAGAGCGUUGUUUUUGCGGAAGACCUAGCCAAUCGUCCGUGGCCGAAAGAGUGGGUGGUUACUGUGGAAUAUUUCAGUAUCUUCAACAGUGUAUGA